ACCGGUGUAUGUACAUAAAACAGAGAGUGCGGAGUUCCAGCUAAAGCUUCGAUUCGGUGCCUAAUUUGUGAUUCCACUUUCUUAUUCCGGAAAGCUGCCAAUCCAUAAUCAUGCACCUGUUCGCUUUAGCUGUUCUCGCUAGCAUCUCCUGUGUGACCUGUCUUCCGCUGCUCGAUUUCAGCAGUAGAUUCAAAAGAUCUGUGAACGAUCUGCGAAAUCGGGCCCUCCUGGAAGCGAACGAGAUUGCCGAUUCUAAAGACGCCGCAACUCCAAUCUCCUCGGCGACCAUCACACAUACGAUCAGCACAGUAUACACCAAGGACGAGGCACGCCGGCAGCACUAUAAAGAAAUGUUGACUCAGUGCAACGAUACCGAGACCGACGACGAUCCGGAUAGCAAGUGUCCUGGAUGUGAAUUCUCCAGUGAUGCCUUCAGUGACCCUACAAUGCUUGACAGCAGUGAUAUGAGCAAAGUGACCUUAGUCAGCGCGAUGGAGGGCCUGUGUCGGUCAGACGAAGAACGGGACGCCAGUUUGAAUAUGAUGCUAGCCAGUCUGAUUUCCGGUGGAUUCUCCGAUUCGGUUAUGGAUGGUAUUAAGCAAGUGGUUGUUCUCGCGACCAGCACCAACACCGAAGAUUACAAGACGCCAACCCUGUUUACCUACUCUGUCACCGCCGAAUUCAGCAGCUGAUUCUGCUACAUAAAUCUGUUCAAAACUGUUUGAGAUUUUUCGCAACUAUCCUUGCCAAAAUGAUAUUCGAAAAUCCAACUGUGUAAUAAAUAGUUUAGAAAUUUAACUAUGGGUGCAUCCUCGAGAAAUUAAUUUUGUUCUCCCUGUUCCUCGGUAUCUCAUCUGAUAAAUUUGCGCAUUAAGCAAAAUGAAUUCGAACGACGCUGAA